AUGGCAGUGGAGUGGGAGCCCAGAGCUCUCACUGAUGUGCAGAAGAGGAUCUCAUUUGGGUCAUGUCAAGAACGGAAGAUGUUCCCUCUCCACCACGGCCCAGGCAGGCUGGGAAUCCAGCUGAUAGCCAUCAGGGGAGACCCUUCGCUUGGGCCAGGCUGUUACCUGAGUCAAGAGAGCAGCAGCCUCAGAUACUCUUUGGAAAACAAACCACUAAGCACGAAAGGCUACGUGAUAGGAGCGAGAACAGCCCAGCGCUUCAUACCACAGCCACAGACUGUGACUCCCAGCCCAGCAAAGUACCAGUCAUUCUGGACGAAGGAGAGGAAGUGCCAGCCUGCCUGUGCUCCAUUUUCCAUUAAGACACCACGAUUCCCAGAUAAGCCUCCAGACAAAGAACUUUUCCCUGGACCUGGAACUUAUGAAGCAAACAAGCAACUACACAAAAAAGUCACUUGGCCAAUGAAGUUUGGGUCUCCAGACUGGUCUUUAGUGCCGACGCCAGCAAAGAGGAUGAUGAAAAUGGAGGUGCAGAAGAUGACCAUAGACAGAGAAUUCAGGAAACACCGAGACCGAGUGGCCUACCUGAGUUUAUACUUCAGCUGA